GGUUUUCAGCGAGAGAGAGAGAGCGAGAGACGUUGAAAAGGUAAAAGUCGCGCUGCAUCCUGGGUACAUAGCUCCACGGUGAUGCAGUGUGCCUGUUGUGUAGACUGGAAACCAAAGUAAAGUAAACGGGGGAGGGUCGUCUGCGGGGGGGGGCUUUCAGUGAGUUACAAUGCGUCUUUCACGGUGUUGAGCGGUCUCGGUGAACGAUGAGCCAACUUCGCCGGUCGUCUCGAAGCGGAAUGAGUCACUCCUGAGCCCCGAAAAACGAGUCCUUCUUGGCGGGGGAGAGCGAGAAUGCAGAAGCCGAGCGCCCCGCUCCCUGUUGUCGGCUUGACUGGGAAAUGGUAGCGUACUGUAGGAACCGCACUUGGAAGGAACAUGGUCGAGAGGAGCAGCAAAUUCUUGUUGAUCGUCGUCGGAUCCGUGUGUUUUAUGCUGAUUCUCUAUCAGUACGUGGCUCCCGGGGUGAUCAAUUUCGGCUCCCCGCACGGUUAUUUCACGGAAGAAGACGAGGGGGACAUCUUCCCCACUCCGGACCCCCACUACGUUAAGAAAUACUACUUCCCCGUCAGGGACCUGGAGAGGACGAUCGAUUUCCAAAUCAAAGGGGAGGACGUGAUCGUGUUUUUGCACAUCCAGAAGACCGGCGGGACUACCUUCGGCAGGCACCUGGUCCAGAAUGUCCGCCUGGAGGUCCCCUGCGACUGCAGACCGGGCCAGAAGAAGUGUACCUGCUACCGGCCGAACCGCAAGGAGACCUGGCUCUUCUCCCGGUUCUCCACCGGCUGGAGCUGCGGCUUGCACGCCGACUGGACCGAGCUCACCAACUGUGUGCCGGGGGUCCUCAACAAGAAGGAGAACAAACAGAAAAAUCUAAGGAAGUUCUACUACAUCACUCUGCUGAGAGACCCGGUGUCCCGAUACCUCAGCGAGUGGCGGCAUGUGCAGCGGGGAGCCACGUGGAAAACCUCCCUGCACAUGUGCGAUGGACGGACCCCCACGCCCGAGGAGCUGCCCUCCUGCUACGAGGGCUCCGACUGGUCGGGGUGCACCCUGCAGCAGUUCAUGGACUGUCCCUACAACCUGGCCAACAACAGACAGGUUCGUAUGCUGGCGGACCUGAGCCUCGUCGGCUGCUACAACAUGUCCACGGUCCCAGAGAAGAAGAGGGCCCAGCUUCUCCUGGAGUCGGCCAAGAAGAACCUACGAGACAUGGCCUUCUUUGGUCUGACGGAGUACCAGAGGAAAACCCAGUUCCUGUUUGAGCGGACCUUCAGGCUGCGCUUCAUCAGGCCCUUCAUGCAGUACAACAGCACCAGAGCUGCAGGCGUGGACUUGGACAACGCAACGGUGCAGCGUAUCGAGGAGCUGAAUGAGCUGGACAUGGAGCUUUACGACUACGCCAGGGACCUGUUCCAGCAGCGCUACCAGUACACGAGGCAGCAGGAGAGGCGGCAGCAGCGCAUCAAGAACCACAUGCAGCAGAGCCACCAGGGCCUGGGCCUGGGCGUCGGCCUGUGGCCCUCCCACGGCCGGCAGAGCUCCGUGUCGACGCUGGAGGACGGAGAGGUGGAGAGGGAGGAGGGUGAGGAGGGAGGCAGAACGGAGGAGGCGGGCAGCAGGCUCCCCACUGAGGACUACAUGAACCAGAUCAUCAACCGCUGGUAGCAACACAAUGAGAACAAACACACAAACACGCAUAUGUAAUGUGAAAUACACACACACACACACACACACACACACACACACACACACACACACACACAUAUACACACAGAGAGGCGCCUGCAUCAAAAGACCCAAAUGACUGACGAACAGACUUUACUGGAGAGUUGGGCUACAGGAAGGGGAGUCUCAAUGGUUGCUAUGGAGACGUGGGCUUGGUCGAUUGCAUCAGGUCUCAUUAUUGAGGUUUGCCCGGUUGUUAUUAGCGCCCGCCUGCCCUUUCUCCCUCCCUGACCCUCUGCGUUUCUCGGUCUCUCCUGUCAUCAUUACUGAGUGGAGGAAAGAUAUUUUGAAGAGUUGCAGACAACCGAGCAUCUCUUCCAUCUCUCCCGCCUCCCCUCCCCUUUCUCCUCCUCCUGUGUUCCUCUCAUUCUCUGUGGCCUCAUAUGGAGCAUGAGAAAAAUAAAAUUAAGUCUGUGAAUUCCCACAAACUCUUGCUAAAGAACUUCCUGGAUACUCCAAUUUCAAAAGAACUGUGACUGCUAUAAAAGUAUGCUAAUGGCUGAGCUGAACAAAGGAAGCGUUUGGAGUACAUGAGAGACUGAACCUGAAAGAAAGAAGGAAGCGAAGAAAAGUUGGACUUAGUUGUGUAAUAAAGCUUUCUGCUUAAAAAAAAAAAAUCUGCCAUUUUACCCAUGAACACGCUUUGGUCAUGAAAUAAUGACUCAUUCUCAUUUUAGGAUGAUUUUAUUUGUAUUUUCCUUUUUGUUUAUGCUUUUUUUAAAGCAGAAUUGUAAUAACACUGAGACCAAUAUUGCUGCCUAAAGAAAAGUGAUUCCUUUAUUUCUUUAUUUUUAUUUUUAUAAGUCAAAGCUAAUGGAUCGGAUUGAUGUACAAUGGACCAUAGCCAUUACUGAAGCCUUGCAUCUUGGGGGGGGGGGGGGGAGUGGCCUGUUUCUCUGUUCAAGGUUCUCAAAGAUCCUGUCGCCCAACAAGUUCAUUUUCUCUCUUCUCCCUCCUCAGUCUUGUUUUGUUUUUGUUUGCGUCUCAGUCCUGCAGAGAAUGACAGCCAAUUACAGAGUCGAAUCUCGCAUAGGUGCAAAGAAAUCAAAGGCAGGGAGAGGAGGGGAGGAGUGCGUCUUCUGCAGGUUGUUGCCAGCAAACGUGCUGCGUGAGCGACAAGCACUUUGGAAACCUAAACUCUGAUAAAUGCUUGAGAUGGGAGCUGUGGAACUACUGGUCACCAUGGCAAUAGUGAGCCCUUAAUGUAGUGGGUGGCAUUUUCAAUUUCUCUUUCUUUUUUUCUUCUUUUUUUUCUGACCAAGAGGUGCGUUGUAAAAGUGGCGGUCUCAAACAAGCCUCCUUCCCACCUGCUGAAAGGGCACACACAGCGCCGGUGACCUGUAGUUCGUUUGUGUCACCUGUUUGACCCCGGAGAACGCCCGGGGCGAGGUAGCAGUGCCUCUAUGUACUGGGAUCAUAGUUAACAUAAUUAUUGCCAGAUCUUAUGUCUGCAUUAUACUACAGUAAUUUCUCUGACUACUUGUGUGUGUGUGUGUGUGUGUAAAUAGUAUGUACAGUAUGCCUUUGAUUGGCGUAUGUGUAUGCCUUUGUAAAUAGUGUGCCUGCCUGAGAGAGGAUGCCUGAUGUGUUUUGUGAAUGACAGGUUCCAUGACCAAUUAUCUUGCCAUUUUGUUGGGGGUUGGGGGUGGAGGGGCGGGGCUCCAACAGCAUGUCACAGCAGUGUGACCGUCGCAGUGAUGCAAGCCAAUAAUACUCCCCUCUGCCCUUUCCUUUCAUAUGCUCCUUCCCCCUUUUCCUUGUCUCCUCCCAAUGACGUAGUUCCGCAUGAGGACCGUAUCGGUAGAAAUGAUCCAAAUCCUAAUUUCUACUUUUUAGAAAAUCUGCGCGUGUGACACAUCUUUGCUCAUGGCAGCAACAUUCUACAAGUAGGGUUGGGUUACAACAGCUGGCUACAUUAAUUGCACCAUGUUUUGUUCCCCAAUCAGUUAUUUUGACUUUCUUUUUUUUUUUUUUUUUGUCAAGCGCUUGUGAUUCAGUCUUUUUUUAUUAUUUUAUUUUUAUUUUCACAGAAUUUGGUUCUCGCUUGGUAAAAUAUCCUCAUUCGUUUCGCUUUGAUCCUAAUCUCUUAUUGAAUGUAUUGUCUCUGCUCUGUAGAAUGCAUGUAUAUAGCUUGAGCCGGUUAUAGCGACAAACAGAAAGUAGACCCAUGUGUGAUCUCAGCACUCUGUACAUUAUUCUGUCAAAACAGGAGGUUUUGUGACUCCACUAAGGGGAAAAUGAACAUGGAAAUACUAUAUUUAUAUAGAUUGUGAUGGCAUGACCUGAGCAUCUGACUUCUUACAGAAAGUCUGUGGAAAAUAUCCGAUUUAAAGGCUGGGUAAACAUUUUAUCAUCAGAAAAUCACUUUGGAGAUGCCAACCUGCUACUUGAUUACUGUAUUAAAAAAAAAAAGUACGCUCUGACGUUUCCCCAUUAGAUUUAUGUCGGAAACACUAAGUAACGUACACAGUGCUGAGUUCUCAGAUUAUAGAUUAUAUCAAAUGUAUCCAAGAAAUAUGAAUUCGGUAAUGGCUCAAAUUAAUCUUGGUCUGUACUCAACCAAAGAGAGUUUGUUGGAGAAAAGAAACGCCACUCCAUAACUGCAAAUGGACUGUGUGUGGGUUGUAGUUCAACAACACCAACAAAGUGGUUAUUCUAUUAUGAUUUCAUCACGUUCAUUUCAACCUUUCCAUGAUAAUAUUUCAAAAUGAUCCUUUUUAAUAGUUCUGUAUCAGGACUUCCAGUGUUUUGAACUUGCUCAAUGUGGGUUGUAAAGUAAAAAAAGCUUCACUUGUUAUUUCAAUGUGUCAGAUACAUUUAAUCAACGUUUCAUAUGUUAUCAUAUUAAUCUCCUUUUCUCCUCAGCAACACGGAUGGUGAGGACAGAUCUUUUGAGUUUUAGUUCAUCGUGACUCUAAACUGAAGAAUGUUCAAUAAGGGAUUACAAAAGGAUUCAGAUUUAAUUGGCAAAUUUAAUACCGAAUUCAUGUUCCAUGAAAUGUUAUUGAACUCCAACCCGAUCUACAAGCAAAAAAAAAAAGAAAUCAGAGCAAUAAAAGGGAAUGCCAAGAAGAAGAAGCUGGAGAAGAGGAUGUAAAAGUGGGGAAAGACGUGUCACCGCACAAUUUGAAUUAAAAUGAAUGUAGUCCAGGUUUAGUGUCAUCCAGGGAGGCAAUGGGGAGGAUGCAAGCUUCCUUGGAAUAAGAUAAAUAAUAUGUUGCCUCCUGCUGUUAACAAUAGAUUUUUAUUUAAUUUUUUACGUCUGAAGGAAGAAGAAACCAACAAUUUAGCCGCCCACCACCCUCCUCGUUAAAUUCCAACUAAUCACCCAUCCUCAGUGUCUCCUUUUGAUCAGCUCCUUCUAAAGCAGGGAUGAUGAAUGAGGGGAACAAUUGGGAUGCAUCCAGUGUCAAUAUGCUGCUUUUUGUGUAGCCUUCAAAGUAACGCAAAAUGGAAUAUGGCAAGAGAGAUCUCCCUUUUCUUUUUGUUUCGUAUUAACUUCCCCCUCAUUGUUUUCUCAAAACCGGUGACUUGAAAACACUGCAGAUCCAGGCAAUUUUGGCCACAACCCUUUUUAAAAAAUUUUUUUUUUUUUAAAGUCAGUCUUGCGUUUGCACUCCAAACCAAUAUCUGUCUCUGCAUUAAUGGUUGAAGAGGGAACACACACAUAACUCAUUCUCUCCCUUACGUGAUUUUUAUUUUCGGCGUUUCAGUUUUCAAGCGACCAUCAGACUUGAAGCAGUCCUCAGAAAUACUCCCCGUGACCUGAACAGUGUGUGAAAAGAAAAACAAAAUCCUUUCACUGAAAUUCUUCCAUGAAUUAAUGCUGUUAAGCUAUAUUCAAAUAUUUUAUGUCUCAUCACUAUGUAUAUCUGAUGUCUUAACAGCGUUUCCUUUGUGACAAUGAAGCAACCCAUGUGUCGCUAACAUCAUCCCUUUUUUUUUGUUUGUAAUUUUAUUUUUUAAAAGAGGUGUUAAAAACUGUGUGAUAGAGACUUGUUUUUUUCGGAUUGGUGUGCACAGUCUGUCUCUGGCUCCUUCUGUAUGCAUCAUUCUGGGUUUGUUUCUUUAUGAUUGCAAAAAUGAAUCCACCAAUUAAAAUAUUUCAUUUUUACAGA